AUGCCUUCCAACACUGCAGCUUGGCAGUCUAAGCCAGGUGUCCCACAUGAAAUCAAGGACGCUCCCUAUACUUCUCCUCCCGACGAUUAUGUGGUUAUCAAGAACCAUGCGCUUGCCCUGAACCCGAUCGACGUUAUGCUGCAAGACAAUGCUUCGUUCCCAUUUCUUUCCUAUCCAACGAUUCUAGGCUUAGACGUCGCUGGCGAAGUGGUCGAAGUUGGCGGUGCAGUCUCAAGGCUCAAGUUGGGCGACAGAGUUCUAGCUCUGGCUGGAGGUUUGGUCGCCAACAAGCCUUCUGGUGCUGCUUUCCAAGAAUACACUGUCGUACUCGCAAGAAUGGUCACGAAGAUUCCGGACAGCCUUUCCUACAAUGACGCUGCUGUGCUGCCCUUAGGCCUUGCCACAGCCGCCUGUGGUCUCUUCCAAGAUGAUCAGCUUGCUUUGCAGUACCCCUCGCUCUCUCCCAAGCCCACUGGACAGACUGUCCUGAUCUGGAGUGGCGCUUCCAGUGUUGGCAUCAACGCUAUUCAACUAGCCAUUGCUGCCGGCUACGAGGUCAUCACCACAGCCUCACCCAAGAACUUUGAGCUCGUCCGUGAUCUGGGUGCCAGCGAAGCCUUCGACUACAACGCUGAUCCUGCAACUCUGCUCGAGCAGCUCAUAAACGCGUUCAAAGGCAAGACCUUCGCUGGUGUCCUGCACACUGCUGGAGAUGCCAGUAGUUGCAUUUCUUUGUGUGCGGACCUCUUCACCAAAGUCGAGGGCCACAAGUUCUUCACGACCACCGUGCGUCUACCUGAGGAAAUACCCGAGAACUUCAAACACAACCGCGUCUUCGCAACCACGAUCACGGACAAUGGCGUCGGAGAAGCCGUCUUUGUGGACUUCUCGACUCAAGCUCUCGCAGAAGGCAAAUACAAGGCAGCUCCUCAAGCAGAGGUCGUGGGAACUGGGCUGGAAUCCUUGCAGAAAGCAACGGAUAUUCUGAGAAAGGGCGUUUCUGCUAAGAAGCUUGUUGUCUCUCUUAACUAG